AUGGUACCCCAAAACAGACGCAAGUACGCCUUCGUCACCAUCGGCGCCAGCGCCAGUUUCAAGCUACUCAUCGAGGAAGUGCUCUCGGAAGCCUUCAUCGCCAAGCUCAAGUCCCUCAGAUUCACUCAUCUCACUAUCCAAUGCGGGCCUGACUAUGACUACUUCCUGUCUGUCGAGCCCGAGUCCGAGUCUGACCCCGACGACCCCGACGAACUGCUGAUUACGGGCUUUCCUUACCAUGACGACAUUCGGAGAUACAUGGAGCUCACUUCUUCUAGCCACGUUAAUCCUACGCUUAAGCGAGAACGCGGAUUGAUUAUUACCCAUGCGGGCUCCGGAAGUAUCCUGGAAGCGCUCGAUUUCGACUCAGUGCUGAUCGCAGUGCCUAACCCCACGCUUAUGGACAACCAUCAAUUGGAGAUUGCCGAGGAGAUGGAUAGUCAGGGGCACCUGAUACAGGGCAAAAUCGGUUCGCUCGUUGAUAUCAUCAACGAAGACAUUUUCACGGCUCCCAAGAAGCAGUGGCCCCCGGACCCCGAUCCAGAGUCGGAGUGGCCCGGCGGUCUAUGGGACGUCAUUAGCGCUUUGAUGCCGGAGCGUUAG